GGGUAACACCAGGGUGGAGGAAGCCUGCGAGAUGUACACCAGGGCUGCCAACAUGUUCAAGAUUGCCAAAAACUGGAGCGCCGCGGGGAACGCGUUUUGUCAGGCGGCCAAGCUGCACAUGCAGCUGCAGAGCAAACACGACUCGGCCACCAGCUUCGUGGACGCCGGGAACGCCUAUAAGAAAGCGGAUCCGCAAGAGGCCAUCAACUGCUUAAACGCAGCUAUCGAUAUCUACACCGACAUGGGACGAUUCACCAUCGCCGCCAAGCACCACAUCACCAUCGCCGAGAUCUACGAGGCCGAGCUGGUGGACAUCGAGAAGGGGCAGCACCUGCCUUUCCCGCCGGGAACCCCCGCAGCGUGCCAGGCCGGCCGCCCGGCACGGGAAAAGCUUUUGGGGAAGGCGGUGGCGGCACGCUGCUCAGCCAACAAGUGUCUGCUGAAGGUGGCCGCCUAUGCCGCGCAGCUGGAGCAGUACCAGAAGGCCAUAGAAAUCUACGAGCAGGUGGGAACAAACACGAUGGACAACCCUUUGCUCAAGUACAGCGCGAAGGAGUAUUUCUUCAAAGCCGCCCUCUGCCACUUCAUCGUGGAUGAGCUCAACGCCAAGCUUGCGCUGGAGAAGUACGAAGAGAUGUUCCCAGCCUUCACAGAUUCCCGGGAAUGCAAGCUAUUGAAAAAACUGCUGGAAGCGCACGAGGAGCAGAACUCGGAGGCGUACACGGAGGCAGUGAAGGAGUUUGACUCCAUCUCCCGCCUGGAUCAGUGGCUGACCACCAUGCUGCUCCGCAUCAAGAAGUCCAUCCAGGGGGAAGGCGAUGGAGACCUCAAGUGA